AUGGAAACAAUUGCAUUGCCAUCGGGGUCUUUUGUAGACAAGCAGUUGCGGCUGCAAAUAGACUCAAAAGUGCCGCAAUCAUUUUUGCUUACAAAUGGGCUGCAUAUGGCAAUGGGUUUGGCACCCCUGGAAACCAUUUACUCUGUGCUUUCUUCUGUAUCGCAAGGGGAAAAAGUGUUGGUGGUUGCAAUUAUAUCACGGCCAGUCGUUUUUUGCAAUGGCCUUCCCUAUGCCCUUGAAGGGGAUUAUCUUACCGGUCUCCUUUCCGGGGAAACACUUUCUGCAAUGGAGAGACGCCUCGUCGCUCUUGUUCAACGUCUACAAGAUGGCCAAAGUAAUAACGCCGCAGAGGUUCCAUCUGCAAAAAGCGCAACAGAAAUUUCCCAAGUUGCCAAGGAAGUAUCUUCAAAUUGUUCUGAAAUUUGCGCAGGUGUCGAUACGCCAUCUUCAAGUGUUGUGGCAUUGGCGGAUGCUUUUCCAAGCUGCGCCCGUCUUGCCUUUCCAACAGGCUCAGACACAGACUCAGAUCCGCCAAUGGAAUUUCUUGACCAGUUUGCUAAACUUAUGUCGACAUUUGGGGACAGAAAGGUAUUUUUGAUUGGCGAUGCCGACUCUCCAGGUCCACUUUCUGUGGUCCUUGCUGCAUUAAGGAUUAUGGCUGCUUCAAAAUCGCCUUUAAGCCCACCACAUCAGCAAGAUAUUUGCACACAACUUAAAGAAGAGGAAUUGCUGCCACAGCAUGGCAAUGAGAAAACACACAAAGCCUCAUCAUUUUCGGGACAGAGCCACCACUCAGCAAAGAGGAAUACGCAAGCUCCUGAACAUGUAGAUUUUGAAAGGAUCUCAAUUAUGGUGGGGUCUAUCCCAGAUGGCAUGGCGGCAAAGCUGUGCGUAGAUAGAAUUUUUGCGAAUCUUUACUUUAAGGAAAAUUUCUCGCACAUCAGAACGCCUACAGAGCGCAUUCUUCAUCAUCACUCUUUGGGAAACUUGGAUGCCGCUGCUACAUGGCUUGGAAGAUAUGCAGCUCUUAUUCUUUUUGCACAUUGGCGCGAUCAAAAAAGCAACACGGAUCGCUUUCUGCCCUGGGCGUCUGCGACAAUGCCUGAUCUUGUCUUUGGGCAGCUACAGGCGUUUUCAAAACGCCCUGCAUCAUCGUGGCUAUUUCGUCCUUUGCCUUCGCCUGCAAACAUCAGUGAUAUCGCAGUGGAAGAGGAGCGUUUAUCACUAACAGGUACACCCAAUGCGGCGAAUAGAAUUAAAAGCGGCCUUCCGCUCAUCCUACAUUCUUCAGCCCUUAUCAUGAAAAGGGAUGCGGACGAGCAACGAAUAUGUCGCAUUGAUGCUGAUGCUAGUGUUUUGAAUUUAUCGCACCAUAACGCAAAACGAAAUCUGCAUCAGAAGGUAGGCAAUGUCAUCUCGCUGAUCGGAAUCGGACAAAUGAGUUUAAAACAUCAGCGCGAAUGGAUGCUCAAGUUUCAGGAAAUUUCGGAUCAAUUUUGCCAACCAAUUUUGUGGCUCAACCUUCGUGGAGAACCUUAUGUUCAUAUCGGUGAAGAGAGCAUUUGGUCGCUUCGAGACGAAGCGACUGCAAAAAGACAUCUACGGGCAUUUGUGGGAGUUCCGGCUACGCGCUUGGCGGAGAUAGAAGAUCGGAUUGCGGAAGACUUGCGCCCUCUGCUAGAGGCGUGCGUGGAUCGGGAGAACUUUUUCUUUUUCGAGGAGCGAUCAGGCAUGGUCCCAUCCACAUGGCCACAAGGAACCAUACGAAGCCCCACCGCCGCCGUUAUUGAAGCCCGAAAGGUUACACGUUCUGAGAUCCACUGGAAACGCAUCCCACUUCCUGGAGACACGAAGCCCGCUAUUGCACACAUUGUCGCGAUUCUUGAGGCUGCUGGUGAGUUUUUUUCAAUCGGAGGAAAUGUUGUCAUGGUGCAAUGCCGUUCUGGACGUCAAGGCUCGCGUUCUUCGUUUUGCAUGGCACUUCUUUUGGUGUUACUUGCCCAUGAAGAAAAAGAAGAGACAUAUCCGAUGCCUACAGGUACAGAUGACGACCCCAAAAUUGUGGCGUUGGUUCGAGCAGCGCCUCAUGGUCGCGCUGCAUGGCAACUUGUCAGCAGCGUUGUGGCAAAGCAGCUGGGUGGGGGCCACUUUUCACGGACCGCGUUGCAUGCAAUGCGUAGCGGACCCAGACGCCAUGGCGUAGUGAUAUCGCGUCUCUUUCUGCUUGUGAUGGUCGCCUCUUUUCUUCUCGAUGAGCGACCAUGUCGCGACAAGUUUCUUGGAGAGCGUUUUGGCAAAUGGCUUACUUUGCACCUCGAGAUGAUGCGAAUGUAUGCAGCGCUACUUCAAUCCACAACGGAGCGGCUGGCAAUGCAUACAAAAGAAGUUUUUGGACUAGACCUGGGGCUAAGGGGUGUUUCCGUCAUGGACGCGGAUCACAUUCUGAAGGAUGCGCACUUUAUCGGGUGCCAUCGGCUUCCUCAGGCAGUACCACGAAUUGCGGGUGCGCCCAAUUUUCGAAUCAAAAAGUGGUGCGGACGUGUGUUGGCAGGCACAGGCAUCCCAUCACUAUUGGCCCUGCCGGCAAUAGCUCGGGCCAUGAUGGAAGCAACGGACUGCACUUGUAAACAGCGCAUACGGCUGCUAUGGAUAAACUUGCGCGAAGAACCUGUGCUUUACUUGGGACCUGGGCCAUUUUCCCUUGUGGAGGCCUGUCGGCCGUUUCAAAAUAUCGUUACCACUGGUAUUUCGGCGCGGGACGUUGAGCGGAUUGAAGGGGAUCUUGUUGCACUGGUCAAAGAAGAAGUUGAUCGUGAAAAAAGUGUGCUGGUGCAUGGCGAGGUUGAGGAGGACGACUGCGGUCUCACACAGCACGCAUACAGAUUGAGUUUGCAAGGGCCUGCGGACGUACGCACACCGCGAGAAGCGCUUUCAACCAUCGAAGGUGUCGAAGAAGUUGUAUAUUUCCGAAUACCGAUUAGCGAUGAGCAGGCUCCUCUUCCGCAUGCUUUUGACGAGAUUUCGGCUGUUCUUGAUAGUUUCUGGAAUGCCCAGGAAACAACGGCCGGUCAAAAUGGUACACUUGAGCCGAUAAACAUGGCCCUUUUUCACUGUCAGAUGGGACGUGGACGGACAACCACGGGUCUUGUUCUUUGUGCAUUGAUGCUGCUUAAACAUGAACACAAAAGUCGAUCUAGUAUCCUUUCGAACGCUCAUGUUGUACUGGCGGCGCAAGAUUUAUCUGCCGAGGAUAUGGACAAUGCAUUCGCACCGGUGCGCGGCCUCGUCGAUAUGCUGGAGAAUGGGGCAGCUGCAAAGCGUAUCGUAGAUUACGUCAUAAACUCUUUUGAUGAUGUGCAGAAUCUGCGACUGGCCAUUCCAAAGCUUUCGGAUCACUUGGCGCUGCAGGUGCAGUAUUUGGAGCGCUACUUUUAUCUGAUUUGCUUUGGCCACUAUCUCUUUUUUGAUCGCCUUCAUGAUCACAAUGGGCUCUCUUCAAGCUUUGAAGCAUGGCUACUUUGUAGGCCCCAUGUUGCAGCUCUGGCUCGCCGUAUCCGGCCCAAAGAUCUAGGCUGCUGGGCGAGUCCUCCCGUGCUAAUCCAAAUGGGAGAGCUCGAGGAGGACGCAGACGAUUUUGAUGAUGCACCGCUUUUUUCGCCUAUCCUCUCAAUUGCACCCGAAAUUUACCCGGAGGCUGCUGUUUCGGCACCGAACAGACAGCUGAAGAAGGCUCCAGCAACUGGAGCAGCCUUGCAGCGACUUCUUCUCAACAAGCUUCUUGAAUUUGUUCGCUUUAAAAAAGGACCUAGCGAGUCAUUCCGCGAUUUGCAUAGCAUAUCGCUCAACGAAAAUGAGGAUCCAGAACCCAGGAUCAAGCAACUUAGGGAUGAUGCCCAUUCGCUGGUUGCAGAGCGUCUGUUGAUGUUCCAAAAGGCCUCAGAGGCAUUUCAGUCGCUUGGGCGGAAUUCGGGCGGUGCAAGUGUCGCAUCAUUUUAUGCGCGAAAAGCAAUAUAUUUGAUUCUUUUGGCGAACAACUCGGUUUGGAAUACUAGAGACAUUGUCAUUGAUUUCCACGGCUUGCAUGUGUCCGAGGUGCAGAUGCUGACGAGGGAGCUUCUUUUCAUCUGGCAUCAACUUGAGACUAGGGAGCCACUGGUCAUUGUGACGGGCUCUGGACAGCAUUCCAAAAAGGCUCCACGGCUCCUUCCGGCCGUCAUUUCGAUCGUUGGCGAGAACAGGCCUGUACAGUGGAUUUGGAGCAAUCGAAACGGUGGCGCUGUCGUUAUACACGGCUGGGUUUCACCGUCCUGA